AUGGCCGGGCUACAACCGAUGAAGCGCGCGGCGAUCGUCGGAGCAGGCCAAAUGGGCAUGGGUAUCGCCUACGUGACAGCUCUUCACGCGCGCGUCCCACUCACACUGCACGACCCCUCUCCUCGCGUCCUCGCUGCUUCCCUGAAGAAGCUCCAAACCCUCUUCACACGAGACGUCGAGAAGAAGCGGAUCUCUUCUGAAGAUGGGGAGGCGGCCAUGUCACGCAUCAAGGGCGUAGAAGGGAGCCUUGUAGGCGGAGGUGCAGGACUAGAAGGGGAUACCGACCUAGUCAUCGAGGCUAUCCCGGAGAUACCAGACCUCAAGCUCGCUCUCUUCCGCAAUCUCGCUUCCAUCCUCCCAGCCCCAGCUAUUCUGGGGAGCAAUACCAGCUCGAUAUCCCUGACGAAGCUGGCGGCUGCUGCUGGAUUGGCCAGUGGGAAGGGACCUGCAGAUGCGGAGAGCUUGGAGAGUGCGUCGAGGGUUGUGGGGAUACAUUUCUUCAAUCCAGUGCCUCAGAUGAAGCUGGUCGAGAUCAUACCUGCCUUGCAGACUUCUGACGCGACGCUCGAGCGCGCCAGAGCCUUUGGACUGGCAUGUAAGAAGGAGAUCGCUGUCUCCAAGGACUCUCCUGGAUUCAUCGCCAAUGCCAUCUUGAUGCCCAUGAUCAACGAGGCCAUCCUCACUCUCGAGAAGGGCAUCGCCUCACCAGAAGACAUCGACAAGACCUUCCGCCUGGGAAUGGGUCACCCCAUGGGGCCACUCGCGUUGGCCGACUUGAUCGGCCUGGACACUUGCCUCGCUAUUCAACGUGUGCUACAUACUGAGUCUGGGGAUACCAAGUAUCGACCCGCGACGCUCUUGGUACGUAUGGUGGAUGCGGGCUGGGUUGGACGGAAGGGCGGUAAGGGGUUUUACGAGUACCCAGCAUGA